AGCGGCUUUGUCGGAGGAAAAAUUGCGUAAAAACCCUGGAAUGGACGAUAUUACGAGAUUCAAACAGUGGGCAUCCAAGAUGGGCUGCGCACCGGGCAGUGUUCCUCCUGAUGAUACGCUGAAAAGAGCAUUUCGCGGGGAUCAGAGCACAAUGCUAAAACACAUCAUGCAGAAGGUGCGCCCCCGACAGGAGAUCUCGCUGAUGCGCAAGAAUGUGCUGGUUAAGAAGCUACAGGAACACAAGCAAACGGAUAGGAUCGUUUUGAACUCUAUGCUACACCGGCUUCCCGUGGAACUGCAGCGCUUUGAGAAGAUAAAGAAACUGAAGGGAAAGAUCGAGGAAACCCGAGCUCGUCUCAACACUUCGAAAGCCUGCGUCGAGUCGAUCGGUUUGCAUAUCAAGGAGAAAAAUGCUGUUAAACUUCAGAUGGCUCGAUGUUUAGAGGAGCUUCAUUCCAAGGCCGCGCUUUACACAACCCACGAAGUGGCGCUCAAGGGUAGCAUCGAGAAGGAGGAGCAGCUUGCGGACCGGCUCGAUCGUAUCAUGCCGGCCAGAGGAUUCGAGCCCACGUCAUCCGCCGAAACACCCGAGCUAGCCAUCGAACGAUGCAUCGAACUGUUGGGACAAUUUUACGAGCACUUGAAGAGUUCAACGAAAAAAGAGGAAAGCUGGCUGCUACAGGAGCAGCUGUGGGCCAGCAUGCGCGAGGUGCUCCGCGGUAUUCCAAACCACCUUCUAUGGGGUGUGCUACUAAAGCUGAAGGAGGACCAUUUGCGACAAAUUUCCGAGGAAGACAAUCGGCAGGCAGAGCUCGAACGGACCGGGAACACAAUCUCCGAUCGUGACCUGGUGCAAGUUAGCAAAUCCAAGCUUUACGCGACCCACAUCGGUAUUUUUCUGGACUUGGCCACCCAACGGCAGCUGGUGAGCGCUACGAAGGAGAACUAUCUGGCCAAGUACACCUCCUGCACCGGGGAGCUCGAGGCAAAGAUGGCUCUUCUCAACGAGAUUGACGACGAAGCGGAAGAAACGCUCGAGGAGUACCUGAUGCAGUGGAACUCGCGGGUUUACAACCAAGGCCAGAUCGUCUUCCUGGAGGCGGAGAUCGAGCGCAAGAAGCAAGAGAUAGCCGUGUACGAUCAAAAGAUCCAGAAUCACGACCAACUGCUGUCGCAGUUGCGCGGCAUUUACGCACGAAUCGACGACAUCUCGAAACACAUGGAAGAAGAACUGGACCUAGUGCGGCAGAUUAAGCAGAAGGUAGCCUACUCGAAGUACGUUAGCCAGCGCACCGUGCACGGUUUACGCCAGAAGGGAUCCAACAACAAUCAGACGCUUAACGUUAGCGACCAGUCAAUGAGCCGGAUGGACAGCACCAUCAUUGGGACACCGGUCCCGACCGGAUCGACCUACACACCGGCCAUUCUGCCGGUGUUUGUGCGCGAACUAGAAGUGUUCCGCACUCUUCCAUACGGGCUCUACGGUGGCCAGUCGAAGUUGGUGCGUUACUGCCUCGAACCGAACCCGGCCGUGUUCUGUGAACGCUCGACCGCCGACCUGACGCUGCUGCCGAGCAGUGCCACGAGCGCAGACGCAUCAUUGAAACAGUUUGGCGCACUGGUAGCGCUAGAACAUCACGUUAACGAGGCCACUGCCGAAUCACACGUAGCCUGUGAGCUCACCAUCGAUCAGGCAGAGCUGCAGCAGCGCUGGCAGGGCAACCAUGGUCGGAUCUGUGAGCUGCUGGAUGAAAUCGACCUCAUCAGCAACAGUAUCCGGCAGGUGUUAGACAAGGCCCGUAGCUACUACAAUUUCAGCAUUGCCAACAGUUUGCGCCAGUUCGUGCCACCGACGCGGCUAUUCAAUGGUCGCAACUACCGGGAGUACGAGAGCGAGUAUAUGAUGUACUACCGCAUGAUCAAUGGUUUCGGUGGACACUGAACAGCAGUGAAGCAGUGUGAAGUGGCUCGGUUCAAAGUAUCAUUUUAUUAUAAAAAAAAACCACGAACGAACAUACAACUGGCGGAACAUACA